AUGCCGGACACCUUCUCUCUGUCAGCGGGCGUCAGCUUCGGACUCCUGGCGGGAAUUGUGUCAGGAGUUUGUUACCUAUUCGCCAAUGGACUGUCCAAACCAACGAAGCAGAGACGGGGCGGGAAGUAUAGUAUUGCUGUAAAAAAGGAAUCUAACAUCUGCGUUAGAUGUGGUGGUGACGAGCUCGGGGGAUAUCUACCCUGCAUCUGCCAGCAUCAAGAAUCAGUGAAGUUCGAGUCCGGUGCUUGGUUCCUCCGCCAAGCUCAGCGCGCACUCAGCCUCAUGCCGUGGUCCAUUAGCUCCGACAAGUUGGAACAAAUCGAGGAGGAAGAAUGUGGCUCGAGCUCGAGCGGGGGCGACAGGGUGAGGGAGUUCUUAGAGGCUAUAUCAGCGAGACUGGCAGGGGGGCCGCUUGAAGGAACGAGGGUUGACGCCCUGUACGACCAUCCUGCAUAUGCGAGUAUGUUGUCCCGCCAUCACAGUGUACUCCGCGGCGCGCUGACCGCGCUCACCACCGCGCUGCAGGACGCGCUCACAUGUAAGACGUGA